AUGACUAGCAUGUUCUUGGUGAGGGUCAAGAACUUUCGCCCUCUUGUGGACGGAACCUCCCGGCUCGCUCAAAUUGGAAGGGAAUCCGACAUUAUAUUCACACCAUUGUCGCUCAUGUUAACAACCUCCGGGCCUUCCCCUCGCUUCAUUGCAAUGCUGCAAAUAUUCCACCAGUGCUUCACCGUCUACUCCGUCAAUAUCGAUCACCGUUCCAGGAUUUCCCUCGAAUCAUUACACGAUGCUUUGUUGGAUUGCGGAUCUUCUUCUUCAAUGACCAUUCAUCUUCUUGAAAACACAAACCUAAUGGUCCUUAGAUUUGAAACUCCAAAUCAUGAGCCACAACUCCGUCAUGAUGUUGUAUUGUUACCACCUCAAGAACAGUCUAUAGAAGAAAUUGAAUAUUCAAAAUCUUUAGCACUUGAUUCGCGAGAUUUACGACAAGUUAUAAAAGAACUACCGCUCUUCAGCGGUGAUUCAGUUUGUGUUACGGUAACGAGUUCACGAGUGAGGUUCUCUAUUGCAUCAAGAGAGUUAAUUUUUAAGAAAGAGAAAGGACGAUGUGAAAUUCUGGGUCAUGAUGGAGAUGCUGUGACUGAAUUUCGAAUCGUUCUGUAUCCUAUGCUGUUUUUCCUUAAUUUGACGUAUGAUGUACAGACAGUUCUUGGAUUAGGUCUUCUGAGGAACUCCAUAUCCUCACUUCUCACCCUUUCUAACUCCGCUGAAUUCAAAUGCUCUCCGCAAUCCAUGUCCCUCACUGUUUCCUACACUCACAAAUUCUAUAAUUUCAUAUCAGUCCUCCGAAUUUUCGACCGCUUCUUCACCAUUUUCUCCUUCGGUCCCAAUACCGAUAUCGAUGCCGAUUACGCUUUCGAGAUUCAGCUUUCCGAUUUCUUUCGCCACAUCCCCGACGAAGAUUCUCACUUGGUCGUUCUUAUUCCCAAAUCCUGCACAUCCCUCAACGUCCUCUCCGCAACGAGGUAUGGAAACUUCCGAUCCUUGGCUUCGUUGGUAGCAACGCCUUCCGAAAAUGAGGAAGUCGGCCAAUUUGACCUCAAAUUGUUCGUGGCAAUUGAGGCAGAAAAGUUUAGAAAGAUCGUUACAACACUAGCUGAAGACGGCGAUCCACUUUUAGGGACGGCAUCGACAUCGAGUGUUCGAUUUUGUGCAAGAAGAAGAAGAACGGGGAAGAGUAGUGAGUUAGUUGUAAGUGCAAAGAGAAGAGAGUGCUUGGCGGGAGGGUUCAAUGAUAGAGUUGAUGAAAUAAGGUUUUCAUUUACACCAACUCCGAAGGAAUUUUUCGUGGGAGCAUCGGAAUCAGCCAAGUUUGUUUGGUUCUUUGGAUCCACAGAUUGGCCAACCACAGUGAUUUGCUUUACCACACAAUGGACCAAUCUUCUGGCUUGUUAUCCUAUAUCUGCUUCUAGUUUUCUCUUGCAUUCUUUUGCUCUCAAGAAAAUUUCAUGA